GAUUUGUAUGGAGAAACGAACACUUUGAUAAAUAACUUGGAGGUCGGGUAUCAUGCAUUUGAUGAUAUAUUCGAGAUCAAUGAGCCUGACACAAACGUAUCGACACAUUACAAAUCUAGCAUUUGUAAUCCUUGGUGGACUCCAAAACAACAGAAGCAAGAAUAG